CUGCCUGCUUCCUUAGUGCCCAUACACUGAACCAAUUAUAAGCCUCCAGAUUCUUGGCAGAGGGACAGACUGAUAUAGGGUAGAAAGUCUGAAGGACAGACAGAGGGAAACGAGAGGCCGGAACAAUUAACAACACAACCACUUGGAUAAAUAUAAGGAUAAUGUCUGCCAGUGCAUUCCUCGCCCGCAGGGCCUUUUCUGCAGCGGCAGCUGGCCAUGGAAGUCAUGAGGGUGGAGCAAAGACCUGGAAGAUCUUAUCUUUUGUGGUGGCUCUGCCCGGAGUGGCCGUCUGCAUGGCAAACGUCUGGAUGAAGAUGCAACAUCAUUCCCACGACACGCCGGAGUUCACCCCUUACCCACACCUGCGCAUCCGAACCAAGCCUUUCCCCUGGGGCGAUGGCAACCACUCGCUGUUCCACAACGCCCACACCAACGCCCUCCCCACCGGCUACGAGGGCGGCGACCACCACUGAGACCCCUUCCGCUGUCCCGCAGUCCCGCGCCGCACCCCUUAUACACACGACCGCAACCCCUGACACUGGGGGUCUCUGAGGGAGGGGGAAGGGGACCCCAAGUAACCCUGAAAUCGGAGAGCAGUGUCCCUGUAAAAUAAAAUCUCUUCCAGAAUGAA